AGAAUAUUGAAAUCAACGUAACUUCAAAAUGGAGGAAGCUAACAGUGUACAAGAUAGAGAAAACAAGUUCUUAAGGAAGGUGGUUGACGAAGCAUAUAAAGGUGUUGAAUGUGGAGAAGGGGAAGAUAGAGACAAGUUCUUAAGGAAGGCGGUUGAAGAUGCAUACAAAGGUGUUGAAUGUGGAGACGGGGAAGAUAGAGACAACAAGUUCUUAAGGAAGGCGGUUGAAGAAGCAUAUAAAGGUGUUGAAUGUGGAGAUGGAGGCCCCUUUGGUGCUGUUGUUGUACAUAAUGAUGAGGUACUUGUGAGUUGUCACAACAUGGUCCUGAGGAACACAGACCCAACUGCCCAUGCUGAGGUGACUGCAAUAAGAGAGGCAUGUAAGCAGCUGAAGCAGAUUGAACUUGCAGACUGUGAAAUAUAUGCAUCUUGUGAGCCUUGCCCCAUGUGCUUUGGUGCCAUCCAUCUUUCAAGGAUCAAGAGGCUGGUGUAUGGAGCCAAGGCUGAAGCAGCCAUUGCUAUUGGUUUUGAUGAUUUUAUUUCGGAUGCAUUAAGGGGUACUGGUUUCUACCAAAAGGCUCACUUGGAGAUCAAAAGAGCAGAUGGCAAUGAGGCCGUCAUUGCAGAACAGGUCUUUGAGGAAACAAAGGCAAAGUUCCAAAUGUACCGAACUUAGUGGCUUGCUGCUAUCAUUAUUAUAUUUCAGUUUGCUUAGUAAUGGCAUCUAUCCAUCAAGCUUGACAUGUAUUAUGAUAAUAACCAUGCUUGUAUGUUUGAGCCACUACUAUCUGUAAAAUGAAGCCUUAUGUUUGCUCCUAUGAAGUGUUUCGU